GCGAAGUAACCCGACUAGGGCUAAGUCUCCAGACAGAGAGGGAGUCAUUUCAUUGGCGCCUGAGUCAGCAAAGAAGUCAAGAUGGCCAAAGUUCCUGACCUUUUUGAAGACCUUCAGAUCUUCAAAAAGGACCUGAAGAACUGUUACAGUGAAAAUGAAGAAUACAGUUCUGAAAUUGACCAUCUCUCUCUGAGUCAGAAAUCCUUCUAUGAUGUGAACUAUGACCCACUUCAUGAGGACUGCAUGUCUCUAAGAACCUCUGAAACCUCAAAGACAUCUCAGCUUACCUUCAAGGAGGAUGUGGUGAUGGUGGCAGCCAACGGGAAGAUUCUGAAGAAGAGACGGUUGAGUUUAAAUCAAUUCAUCACUGAUGAUGACCUGGAAGUUAUUACCAAUGAUACAGAAGAAGAAAUCAUGAAGCCCAGAUCAGCAGCAUACAACUUCCGUAGCAAUGAAAAAUACAACUACAAGAGGAUCAUCAAAUCGCAAUUCAUUCUGAAUGACAACCUCAAUCAAAGUAUAAUUCAACAAACAGGGGGAAACUACCUCAUGGCUGCCGCAUUACAGAAUCUGGAUGAUGCUGUGAAAUUUGACAUGGGGGCUUACACUUCAGAAGAUUCUAAACUUCCUGUGACUCUAAGAAUCUCAAAAACUCGGCUGUUUGUGAGUGCCCAAAAUGAAGGUGAACCUGUAUUGCUAAAGGAGAUGCCUGAGACACCCAAAACCAUCAAAGAUGAGACCAACCUUCUCUUCUUCUGGGAACGUCAUGGCACGAAGAACUACUUCACAUCAGUCGCCCAGCCAAAGUUGUUCAUUGCCACACAGGAACGAAAACUGGUGCACAUGGCAAGAGGGCAACCCUCUAUCACUGACUUUCAGAUACUGGAAACCCAGACUUGACUCUGGGGUCUACUUACUUGUGAAGUGUUGACAGUCCAUAUGUACUAUGUACAUGGAGGAGUCAAAUCCUUUACUCUUAGUCACUUGCUGAGCAUGUGCUGAGCCUUUGUAAUUCCAAAUGAAUAUUUACUCUCUUUGUAAGAGAGUGAGCAAGGUCUAAUGCAAACAACACUAAUAUAUAAUGUUAUUUGUUAUUUAAGAACACCCUAUACUUUGCAAACUAGCAAUCAGUUUAAUUAUUAUUCUUCAUAACAAUCUUGGGAGGACCGGGGCUACUGACUAUGGCUACCAAAAAGAUUCUACCCAUAUUACAGAUUGGUUAAGUAACUGAGGCAUUAGAAAACUAAAUACCCACAACAGCAGUUGGAAUGAGAAGCCAUAUGCCUAGGAUCUCAUUCCAACUGUUUGCCUUUAAGUUGCUAAUGGACCCUUAAUCAAAUACUGUAAGUUUCUGGGACCUCAGUUUGAUCAUCUUUAAAACGGAGGGGAUGAUACUUACAUCCUUCUUGCCUCAAUCAGUAUUUUAUGCUAAUCAAUGAGAUCAGUUUAAUAAAAUACUUCUUGAAUGAAACUACUGAGCCUUAAGAAAGCAAAGCUUAUAUAUUUAUUAUCAUUUAUGUAUACAUAUAUUUAUAAAUAUAUUUUUAUGAUAAAAUGAUAUUAUAUUUAUGGCAAUUCCUUAACAGUCAUCCUUAACAAUAGUAAAGUGUUUUUUAAGCUAAAUGAGUUUGACUUAGUUAAACAAGGCAUUUUGGUCCGAGUCCUGCUUUUUGUAACAUGUGGAAACACUGUAAUUAUGAUAAUAAAUUUAUAUUAAUACUUUAUGCUGAUAAUUAACCUACCUUUCAUUCCUCUGCUUUUAAAUUUGCUUUAGCUUUUUUGUAUCAUUCAAUUUCACCUGCUAUCAAGUCUUACUAGCUAAAAUGGGAUAAACUUAACUUUGGUAACUAUGACACAACUGUAAAUCUUUCUUUUCUGGAAUGUAAGCAACAUUCCUUCUAGGUUCUAAAAGUUGUGCUCAAACUACAGCAAUUUCUUUCAUGAGUACUUUAUAGUUUUCUGAGUACAAAGUCUUUGCCUCUUUGGUUAGGUUUAUUCCUAGGUAUCUUAUGGUUUUGGAUGCAAUUGUAAAUGGGAUUG